CACUGAAAAGACGAGGGAACGUCAUUGCUCGGCUGCUUUAUUGGAAUAUGGAAAACCCUAUAAAACCAGGAAUCUGAUUCCGUCCGUUGGUUUUAACGUCUUUAAGUGCAUACCUUUAUUGAUACGGAUAUUUAACUUCCUUGCAUUCAGUUGCUUCUGCUCGAAAUGUGGAAGUUCACCUCUUAUUUUGCUCAUGGUUUCAGCUGAGCAUAAUGCAACGUCUGUGAAGCACAAGUCUCGGUUCGUUCUCAGUCAGACCGGACCUGCAUGUCAGAAACGCAGUGGGAGGGGGGACCCUGUUAGCAGUCGAAAUUUGAUUUGAUUUUGUUCCUGGUUCGGAUCGGAUCGGAUUAGUUUUUUGCUGGGUGGCGAUGAGAGGAAGCCGUGUGAAUUCAGGAUGAUUUGACGUUCAUAGGGAUUUUUUAACAGGGUUGCUGGAGAUUUAAAAAAUUCUCUCUCAACUGAAAGCAGCUACAAUUAGGUAAAAAAGCACCAAAGCGAGGCGGUUGCAAAGAAGACCUUACGCCCCUUCCUGGAGCGUUUCCGUCCACUGCCAAGCGUGCACAGCCGCUCGGGAUUUAAAACUAUCACCUCGCACGCAUCUUGGCUUCGACAUUUCCGAGGGGAAAACAGCCUUAAACUGCGGGAGAAAUGAAAGUUAUACCGACUGUGUUGUUUCUGGCCGUGUCCUGGAGUCUGAGGUGGAAUCCUGUGCUCUCCGAUUCCAUUAUACACAUCGGAGCAAUUUUUGAUGAAUCCGCCAAGAAGGAUGACGAGGUGUUCCGUAUGGCGGUGGCCGACCUCAACCUCAACAACGAGAUCCUGGAGACGGAAAAGAUCACCAUUUCCGUGGAGUUUGUGGACGGGAACAACCCCUUCCAGGCGGUGCAAGAAGCCUGUGAGCUGAUGAACAGGGGCAUCCUGGCUCUGGUCAGCUCCAUCGGCUGCAUGUCCGCGGGCUCCCUGCAGUCUCUGGCGGACGCCAUGCACAUCCCGCACCUCUUCAUCCAGCGGGCCCCGUCCGGGACGCCCCGCUCCAGCUGCCCCGACACCAGCCGCUCCCGCACGGAGGACUACACGCUGUUCGUGCGCCCGCCCGUCUACCUCAACCAGGUCAUCCUGCACGUGGUCAUGGAGUACACCUGGCAGAAGUUCAUCAUCUUCUACGACACCGAGUACGACAUCCGGGGGAUCCAGGACUUCCUGGACAAGACGUCCCAGCAGGGCAUGGACGUGGCCCUGCAGAAGGUGGAGUCCAACAUCAACAUGAUGAUCACCAGCAUGUUCCGCACCAUGCGCGUGGAGGAGCUGCACCGCUACCGGGAUACGCUACGCCGCGCGGUGCUGUUCAUGAGUCCUGCCACCGCCAAGGCCUUCAUCACCGAGGUCGUGGAGACCAACCUGGUGGCCUUCGACUGCCACUGGAUAAUCAUCAACGAGGAGAUUUCGGACCAGGAGGUCCAGGAGGUGGUGAUGAAGUCCAUCGGUCGGCUGACCCUGAUCCGGCAGAUGUUCCCCGCGACGCAGAACAGCAGCCAGCGCUGCGUGCGGCACAACCACCGCAUCAACACCUCGCUGUGCGACCCCAAAGACCCCAAAGCCCAAACGCUGGAGAUAACAAACCGCUACAUCUACGACACCGUGCUGCUGCUGGCGAACACCUUCCACAGGAAGCUGGAAGACAGGAAGUGGCACAGCAUGGCCAGCCUCACCUGCAUCCGCAAGAACUCCAAGCCCUGGCAGGGCGGGCGGUCCAUGCUGGAGACCAUCAAGAAGGGAGGAGUCAGCGGCCUGACCAGUCUGCUGGAAUUCAACGACAACGGAACCAACCACAACAUCUUCUUCGAGAUCCUGGGGACCAAUUACGGGGAGGACCGUGGCCGAGGUGUCCGCACGCUGGGGACCUGGGACCCGGUGCACGGGCUGAACGGCACGCUGACCGACAGGAAGCUGGAGAACAACAUGCGGGGCGUGGUCCUGCGCGUGGUGACCGUCCUGGAAGAGCCGUUCGUGAUGGUGUCGGAGAACGUGCUGGGGAAGCCCAAAAAGUACCAGGGCUUCUCCAUCGACGUGCUGGACGCCCUCUCCAACUACCUGGGGUUCAAGUACGAGAUCUACAUCGCGCCCGACCACAAGUACGGCAGCCAGCAGGCGGACGGGGUGUGGAACGGCCUGAUGGGGGAGCUGGUCUUCAAGCGGGCGGACGUGGGCCUCUCUGCCCUCACCAUCACACCGGAGCGCGAGGGCGUGGUGGACUUCACCACGCGCUACCUGGACUACUCCGUGGGCGUGCUCCUGCGCAAGGCGGAGCGCACGGUGGACAUGUUCGCCUGCCUGGCGCCCUUCGACCUCUCGCUGUGGGCCUGCAUCGCCGGCACCGUGCUGCUGGUGGGCCUGCUGGUCUACCUGCUCAACUGGCUGAACCCGCCCCGGCUGCCCAUGGGCUCCGUCUCCUCCACCACCCUCUACAACUCCAUGUGGUUCGUCUACGGCUCCUUCGUCCAGCAAGGCGGCGAGGUCCCGUACACCACCCUGGCGACCCGGAUGAUGAUGGGGGUGUGGUGGCUCUUCGCACUGAUCGUCAUCUCCUCUUACACGGCCAACCUGGCGGCCUUCCUGACCAUCACCCGCAUCGAGAGCUCCAUCCAGUCUCUCCAGGACCUGUCGAAGCAGACGGACCUGCCGUACGGCACAGUGCUGGACUCGGCCGUGUACGACCAGGUGCGGAGCAAGGCCAUGAACCCGUUCGAGCGCGACCCCAUGUACUCCCAGAUGUGGCGCAUGAUCAACCGCACGGGCGGGGCCGACAACAACGUGGAGGAGUCCAAGGAGGGCAUCCGCAAGGUGAAGUACGGACGGUUCGCCUUCGUGUGGGACUCGGCCGUGCUGGAGUACGUCGCCAUAAACGACGAGGACUGCUCGUUCUACACGGUGGGGAACAACGCGGCCGACCGCGGCUACGGCAUCGCCAUGCAGCACGGCAGCCCGUACCGCGACAUCUUCUCCCAGAGGAUCCUGGAGCUGCAGCAGAACGGGGACAUGGACAUCCUGAAGCUGAAGUGGUGGCCGCGGGACGGCCCGUGCGACCUGUACUCCACGGUGCAGACGCAGCCCCGCGGCAGCGCCCUGGACAUCCACAGCUUCGCCGGCGUCUUCUGCGUGCUGGCGGCCGGCGUGGUCCUCUCCUGCCUCAUCGCCAUGGUGGAGACCUGGUGGACCCGACGGAAGGGCUCACGGGUGCCCUCCAAGGAGGAUGACAAAGAGAUCGACCUGGAGCACCUCCACCGGAGGGUGAACAGCCUGUGCACCGAGGACGACAGCCCCCACAAGCAGUUCUCCACCUCCUCCAUCGACCUGACGCCCCUGGACAUGGACUCCCUGCCCGCCGCCCGCCAGGCCCUGGAGCAGAUCAGCGACUUCCGCAACACGCACAUCACCACCACCACCUUCAUCCCCGAGCAGAUCCAGACGCUCAGCCGCAGCCUGUCCGCCAAGGCCGCGGCCGGCUUCAACUUCGGGGCGGGGGUGCAGGACCACCGGACUGGCGGGGGGGGCCCCUUCAGGCAGCGCGCCCCCAACGGCGGCUUCUUCCGCAGCCCCAUCAAGACUAUGUCCACCAUCCCGUACCAGCCCACCCCCGCGCCCGGGUUCGGCUACGGCAACGACCCCGACCGGGGCACGUCCAUAUAAGGGCGCGCCGAGGGCGGAGAAACGCGCCACGCACACGUGCGCACACACACACACACAAGCUUACACACACACACACACACAUACAUGCGCACGCACACACGCACCCGCACACAUACACACACACACACAUACUCAAGAGAUCUGUACAUAGAAAUCUUUUUGAAGUUUUCCAAAUUUUUUGUGUUGCUUUGCUUUAGUGGGCAAAGUUGGGGGUGGGGGGGGGCUUGUCCUUCCUGAACUAAGAGGGGAGAAGAGGAGGAGGAGAGUACUUUUUUUUGCUUUGUCGUUGUCGUCGUCCAGAUUAUUUUUUUCUUUUUUUCUUUUUUUUUUUUUCUGUGGCGGGGGUGAGUUCUAGGUUUCCGUGUUUGGAGGUGCGCUUUUCCGAUGAAGAGACCAUGCGUCUGUACGGACGGUACAGGAGUGGAACUUUUUAUAGAAGCGAAGCGAGCCGUCCUCUCCGCGCGAUCCACGGCGCCGUACCUGCAAUAACUCCAGGUCUGCUUUGGCGGUCCGCCCUCCUUGCGGGACGGAGGGAGGGAUCUCGCGUGCGCCGAGCUGAGCCGAGCCGAGCCGAGCCGAGCCGAGCCGAGCCAAACCGAGCCGAGCCGAGCCGAGCCGAGCCGAGCCAAACCGAGCCGAGCCGAGCCGAGCCGAGCCGAGCCGAGCCAUGCCGAGCCAAGCGGUAUCCCGUCGCUCGGCACUUCAGGCCGGAAAGGAAAAUUGUCGUCCGGUGCAAGAGCGCUGUUCCCCCGGUGUCUGAGCUGACGUUCCCAGCCAGGACCACCAUCAUGAUGCACACAAGACUCCGCCCAUUGAUAAUACUGCACUGUACCAGUGCCCACACAUACCUGUAUGUGGCUGUAUGUAAUUCCGAUUUGUUCUCACCUGCGUAGUGCUGGCUAUUUUCAAGGUGGGAGCCUCAAGUCAAACACUUUAAAACCCGAAAGGAUCUGAGGAACAAUUUCAAAAAGAAAAACUGAGGAAAGACAAAAAAAAGACAAAAAGAAAAAAAGACAACCGCAAGAAAGAGGACUUUAACUGCAGCUGAGGCUUCUGUGUGUCUUUAAUUGAAUUUGUUUUAAAUAUAACAAAUCUUAAUGCGUGGAAUGUGUUUGGUCAGAAAGUUUAAAAAAAAACAUUGUGCUGAGGUGUCUACUUGUUUUUUUCUCUUCUGGUUUUGAAACAGAAAUUUGGACUUCUAUCCUGUUAUUCUGAUUCACACCAUGUGUCAUCACUGCCAUUUUGAUUUUUCUCUUUUUUCUAGUUACGACUAACGUCAAAGAUCGAUAAAUGUCAUUUUUUGACAUUUUUAUUCGAAAUGCCACCUGCUGACUGCUGUGUAUAAAUCACCCACACAUUCACGGAUAUUCAUGGUAGGCUAGGAGACGCGAAGGUCCACUCCUGGAGAGCCUCAGCUCCUGAUUGGCCGAGGGAGGUUCUAACCUGCAGUAACCGUCCAAUGAAGAGCGAGUCCACAAUCAUGCAUCAUCACGCCAUUUGGAACAGGGAUAUUACAGCAAUCCUAUAGGAACUCUUUUGAAAUGUCUUUAUUUUAUUUCUUAAAUGUUAAGGAUAAUGUUUAUCUAAUGUUUUUUAAGUGCCAAUUGUUUAAACAAGGCCAUUAAGGUGCAGUGGAAGAAAAAAAAAAGAUAAAAACACAUUUUGAUGAAAAAAGCAACCAAAUCUUUUCACUAACACUGUAUUAAUAUUUAAUAAUGUUAGUUGUUUAGAAUGAGCUUUCAGUUCGUUAUCUUAAGACUAAAUUGCAAAUGUUGUGCGUAGAGAACAGCAACAGUGUUGAUGCAAGCAUUCUAGAUGUUUUUUUUUUCCUAAGCUAUGGCUAUCGAAUGAAGAUAGGAAUCAGCCAACAUUUUCAAAUUGCUUUAGUAUAAAUGAAGAGACAUUAUUAAAAAUGUACAUUUUACAUGUUGAUGCUAAUUUUGAUGGGAUUUUUAAAGAGAAACAUAAGCCUAGCAGUGAUUUAGCAGCCAUUCCACUUCAGACAGCCUCUCCCAUUCCCUCACAGAAAGUCCAUUUCAUCUGAACUUUGUUUUCAGUUUGGUUCAAUGAUUUAUGAAGGAGGCAAGUUCUUAAAAAGAAGCAUGCUUAAAACUUGCUAUGCCUGUAACAUUUUUAAUUUCGUACAUAGAACAUACAGGAUUACUUGAUAAUUUUCAACUGAUUACAAUGUACAGUAUUUAAUAUAGGCCUAUUUUGUUGUAUGUGUUGCAUAUUAUUCAAAUGGAACAAACUGAGGCCCCUGUUACAAGUGGCAACGCUUUCUGUGUAUAAUUUGUCUAAUAAACUUGUUUUCUACAGUG